GAGGAGUGGACUCUGUUAUAUUUAUUCUUCAUGAUCGGCAACCAAGGAAAAGGAAUCCGAAGCUACUUAGCUACACGUCGAAGGUAUUCUUCAAUAUCCUGAUCUCGAAAUUGCGUAAGAUAAAGAAGCUCUUCGUCGAAUUAAAACAAGGGACUUUGAAAAAGGUCUCAUCAGGAAGGACGUCAGACAACAUGAUCCGAGGAAAAAAGGCUCUCAUCAAUACCGUGGGAACCCGAAUUCAAAAAAGAAAGCUCGGUGCAGCUACACACCUGCAAGCUUCGGUAGCUGAAGAAGAGCUGUUAUCGCAGGGAAAGAAAGAUGAUUUACCCAGGGAGUGGACCAUUAUUCAAUGCAUAUUGAUUGAGAAUCUGUGUAGGAUCGCUAACCUUCUCUUACGUGAGACACGGAGAUGGAAGAAUGGUAGGCCAGUCUUGACACAAAAGGGCUUUCAGACUUAGCCAAGGAACGCCAUGACAGAUAAGCAGGGACCUAGAACAUGAGAAAGACUGAUGAAGGAAGGGACACGAGGGCUCCUCUUUAUCACUGGAAGAUUCUAAUAUUCAACAGUAGAAUCAGUCCCCAACCUUAAAAAUGAAGGAUCAAAAGUCUGCUUUCCAAAACCCACGCAAAUGGAGGCAGAUGACCUCAGACACAUAAAAAGGGGUAGAACAAAGCUUUUCCAUAUAGCAACUUGAUCCGGACUCUGUCAUUAGAAGAAGACCGCUUUGAAGUGGACGGAGAAAUAAAAUUACUAAACCAGCCAUGCGGGUUGGCCACUAAAGAAGAAGGCCUCUACGAACGAUUUCAAUAGAGAAAGAGAGAAAGGACCGUUCGGCUAUGUAAAGAAGUCCCUGCAGGCUCCAACCCAGUCCUGACAUUCUACAAUAAGAGUGUCCGACGUCGGGGCACCGCUUUCAUUCCAGCGCUUGGCACUCUAACUUUACCAACACUAACCACUGAAUAAGGAAGACAUACCACCCACACAGCAAACCAACGCACCCCGGAAAGAAGAAGGGUAGCGCCCGGCCCGGGUGAAAGACCAUGCCUUCCCGCUCCCUCAGGCCUUUAUAUUCUAGUGAGUGUUCCGUGAGUGGGUUCUCGAUUUAGGCGGGCUAUCAAUCGACUAUGAUAAAUAAGAUAAAGAAGAGGUCUUAGUCGACUAUUAGGGAAGUUCAGAGUUCUUUGAUUCAUUCUAGCUCUUAGGGAUGGAAGAAGAUAUAAUAGAGAGAGGGCUUAGUACACGUGGGACUUAUGCCUUUAUUUUCGGAUCAAUGAGACAAGGAGUUACUCAGAGCUUAGGGCCUUUGCCAAAGGAAUGGGACCCCUUCUAAGCGAGUCAAUCCCAGUAGAGGAAGGUAAUUUCUUUCCUUAGUAGUUUGCUUUCAUCCGAAUUAGUGGUUUCAGAUGGAUUCGUCUUUGAUGUAAAUAGCCCACUGGAAGUAAAGUAUAGUGUGGUUCCACCUCGCAAGGAGAACAAGCGAUAGAUUGAAGAUCAACAGGGCUUAAUCAAAUAAUCAAGUAGGAAAGGAAUAGGAAGAGAAAGAGCAUGUGUGCUAAGGCACAAGGUCCCGUAUUGGCACUUUCAGGUGGGCUAAAAAAGAGCCCCAAAGGAAGCCAGUAAGCUAAAUAGGAAUAAAUGUUAAGUUUCACUUAAGACUUUUGAGGGAGCUUAAGGUAGUUUACUUGCUUACUUGUUAGAGUCAGGCUAAUAAAAUUCUUGUUUAAAAGCACUUACUUACCAAGGACGUUAAUAUAUAUUAAAAACCACAUGAGAUAGGCACAUACAUCUAUCUUUUGCCUUGAUAACUUCUAGGUGAGGGGGUUGAGUACCUCUCUGACUAGUUCCUACUUCGCUUCCAGAAUGUAGCUUCAUCUAGCAGUUGGAGCUAGUUGCCUCUUCACCUGACCCUACUCCACUUGACUUUCAUUUCAUGUUCUCCCUGUAUCUAAAAAGCAUCCAUGGUAGCCUCAGAAGUUGAGCUAGCCCACCUUUGCCUUUCUUUCUUAUCUUUCUAUCCCUGCCUGUAUCCUAUCCUUAGAGCUCCCCUUUGCGUUGAUUAUAGGCCUUUUCUUUGCCCUUUGGGAGAGGUAAGGUAUAGAGCUUGAAUCCCCCAGCUGACAUCUUUUUCUCCAUUGGGCAUCCUCAUGGCAUCUACUUCUUUAAAUAAAAGAUAAAAAGCUUUUGCCGCUCUUUCCUUGGCUUUCUUUCGCGUACGUGUGCUCGUCUAUCCUUUAAUAGAAAGAAGCAAUUUCUCUGUUCGAAAUCAAGCUACAGGCCAUCAAAGAUGGCGGUAGAACAGCUAGCAAGAGGUGCCCAGGUACCGUUAACAAGCUCAUGAAUUUAACUUUCAAGCGAACCCCAUGCCUUAUGGUUUGAGAGUCCGUUUGAUUAUAAGCCUUUAGAAUGGUUAUAUAUACUUUAGAAAAGGGCUAUCUCUCUCCAGCUUUCCUUUCUUGCUUUCUAGCCCCGAUGCCAAUGCCCUUUCUGUUCUCGAGUCUUUGCAAUCUUCUGCCAUUCCUCGAGUACUAGCACUUUGAAAUGGUUAGAACACUGUCUUCGAGUCCGGUUGAGAAAUAGCGGAUUUGAGUACCGGGAAGUAAGUAUGAGUAAGGUCCGGGUCUGGUUGAGUAACUCAGGAUAGAGAGAGUCCUUCAUUUCUAAUCUAAAGUAUGAAUAAAUAGUAGACAUGUAGCUGCCUUUUAGGUAUUGAAUCCCUGGCCGGGAAGCGUGAACGAUAACAUGAGUCUUUAAGAACAGAGUGACCCCGUGGGUUGUCCAUUCUUUCGGGUAUUCACUCAAAAAUCAUUGAAUUGAAUAAGGCUAUUCGACUUAGGACUCCCUUACUAAGCUUUCAGGAAAGUCUGAGAUCUCAUUGUCUUCCUAAAGCCUUUUUAAUCCUAAAUGAACAGAUAUAAGAUAGAUGUAGAGACUCAUCCUUGAUUCCUAUCGGUCAGGGCCCUUGAAGAACCCUCCACGAAUUAUCGAUAGUAGUUUACUAAUCCAAGGAAGGAGUGAUGCGAAGAAUUGCUUUCUUUCGUACCCAUUCACAAGAAAGAAGGGUCUCAAGCAGUGUGUUCAUGGUCACUCAGAACAUAGGAUUUUCGGCAUCAAAGAGCGCGUGGGACAGGUGAGGGAAGGAAGGGCGGGAUGAAGCAAGCAGCCAAUCCCUUGCUGGUUAAAAAUAGCAGCAUCAGUAUUAAAAUAAUCAACACUAUGGGGUGGGGCUGCCAAUAGGUGUUUGCACAAUUUGUAGCUUCUCCUUCUUAUACUAUUCGAAGAAGCUGAUUGCUUUGUUCACCACAUCCACAGGAUAGUUCUGUAUGUCCUGGAACUGCAGCAAAUUUCUAUCACUCCAUAAAGCCCAUGCAACUACUAGCAUCAGUUCCAGCUGCUCUUCAUCAAGACACUUCCCCAUCUCCUUCACCCAAUCUGAGAGAGAGCCUGCAUCUGUUGAGUAUGAAGGGCUAAUGGGCAGAGUAGCCAAAUGCCAGAUGCCCAGGGGCAGCCCUUUAAAACAUGAAUGGUAGAUUCAGGCUCCAUUCCACAUCUGUCACAAAGCAGGUCAACCUCCACCUUUCUUUUCCCAUUUCACUCGUCUUGCAUAAAAAAAACCACCAAAAUCCACAUCUAAAAGGGAGCCCGCGAUAAAAAUGCCUCCUCUAUGAGAUCUCGGUGCUACUGCCCAGCCCCACCUUCAUUUUUUUCGAAUUACGACUACUCGACUUUUUUUUUUCCUAAGCAAAGAUCUAGGGGGGAGGAGCUCUUCUUGCGUAGUAUACCUUUUCCCAGAAAUUCCAGGCUCGUAUUAAUAACCAGUAUAACCCCGGACCUUUUGAGCAAGCGCUAUGGAGAUAGCGAAUGCUAGCGUUAGCCCAGCCAUCCACAUUGCAAGAGCUCUGGGUGUUCUUUCCAUUGAAGCUUCACUGGCCACCUCCCUGGCUUGCUCACUGAGGUGGUCUACUAGCUGCCUUACUUCUGCGGAAGAACUUGCCGGUUCCCCGAUUUGCGUUGCCUCCGCCAGCUGCUGUAACUCAGGGAUGCUUGGGGGUCUCUGUGCUAGACCAUAUCGCGCACCCAAGAUAUAGCGCUGGUAAGAUUAAGCUGAGAACUUCCGUGACGUGCUGCCCUUGCCCCGACCCCGCCUGUGAGUGCUCUGUUGCCCCAGGUGUACCUGUAGCUCUCUGGUCUUGACCCACGGCCUAGGAGCUUUUUAUCUCGUAAUGCCCCGUAGGCCUCUCUCGGGUGACCUAAGCAUUUGGUACUUCGAUCUUUUAUUAGGUUGGCGCCAGGUAAAUAAGGGGCUCAAGAAUCCAUUCCCGCCGGCAUCUUAGUAUAUGCCACUCCUUCCGUUCCUAGGAAAUUCGACCUGAGGCCAAAAAUCUUUAUAUGAAAAAUCACUAGAUGACAAUCGAAGUCCCUCUUUCUUUAUUCAAAAAGGCUUUUCGCCCUCAACUUUGUGCCUUGAGGCUGGCUUUGCUGUCAACUCCAAAACCUCUGGGUCGGAUCCUGCCCCACGUGGUCCUCACUUCAGGUCCCACAUUUCUCUUCCUUUGUUUGAUUUCCCUCAAAUCUCUUGCGGUCAGGUUCGUAUUCAAACCUUCUUUCCAAAUCAGUCCUUGUUCAUUUCAUUCGUGGUGCUCUUGGCACAAUGGUCUAAUCUGGAGGAGGGAAGUUGGAUGUUUUUCUCUAUUUAUCAUCACUACGGGCCAUAUGGCCAGAUCGACGUUGUCAGAAUAAUAGUGUUCAGGGCCUGCCCCUUUUCAAAGUUUGAAUGCCCCACCCAUGUGAUAUCUGCUAAAGGCUUCGUCAGUGAGGUGAUAAUUUCAGCCCUAUCUCUCCUUCGGGGUUCCACCUCCUAAAGCGGUCAGCGGGCAUAAUUGAAAAAAGAAAGGCACUAUAUGUUCUCGUUCUCGGUGCUCCGGUCAAGGUCAAUUCUCUACUUGUCUUCACCUUCGGACAUCAAGAAAGCCGAACUGACUCGCUGGCUUUGCUUUGGUUGGGCUGGGCUUUAAGAGGGCUUGACCUCUGAUGUAUGGAAGUACGUGGUUGAAGUGAAUUCCUCGGAAAUGCAGCCGGAGGGCAAUCUCUCUUUUGACCCGGUCUGGUAUGUCUUUCUUUUGCGCCAGCUUUCUUUCCUAUCGGUUACGGUUCUAUCGUCUCGGUCAUCUCAUUUUAUGGUUUCAGCAUAUGGCUAUGGUUCAGAUACAGACUAAAUACUUUCUUUCGUGCUUUGAUCUCAGCUGGUGGAAGUAGAGUGGCUAUUGCUCCUGACCAUUCAAAGUAGUCAUUCUUG